AUGAGCGAGCCAGAAGUUCCACAAUCUGUGGAGAAAAUGCUGCCUCAUCUGCAGCAGCAGCAGCAGCAGCAGGAAAACUCCAAAAUUGACUAUGAACAGGAGGCUGCGAAGCUGGAGGAGAAAGCUAUCAGGUUUUUGGCCAAACAAGCGCAUCCAGUGAUCGUUCCUUCCUUCGCAUCAUGGUUUCAGUUUUCUGACGUUCAUGAAAUCGAACGGAGGAUUCUGCCCGAUUUUUUUGAUGAUUCUUCAAGGUUUAAAACCGAGAAGGCAUACAAGGAUGUUAGGAACUUCAUGAUCAACACUUACAGGCUCUCUCCAUAUGAGUACCUAACGGUAACUGCUAUCAGGAGAAACGUGGCAAUGGACGUUGCGUCUAUCGUGAGAAUUCACAACUUUCUGGAGCAGUGGGGUCUGAUAAAUUACCAGGUGGACCCAAGAUCAAAGCCAUCGUUGUUGGGGCCCAGUUUCACUGGGCACUUCCAGGUUGUUUUGGAUACUCCACAAGGACUCAAACCGUUUGUUCCCACCCGAGUCAUCACCAAGACGCCGCCUGAGUCGCAGGUGACCACAGAGCCCGAAGCAGCUUCCGAGCAACAAACAAACGCUGAGAACGAUGCAGCUACAGAACCACAAGGAGAUUCUAAUUCUGAACCAAGUGUUGAAACUCAAGGAGCCACAGAACCUCAAAGCGCGCACCCAGUACCCGGACUCGAAGAAGCUGAGACCAAGAGCACAACUCCCUCUGGAGCUGCAGUCAACGCUAACGCUCAAAAUAAAGCUGAACAGGGUUCGAAUGAUGACCAAGAGCUUGUAACUGAGGUCAAAUCAGAGCCUAAAUCCGAUAUAAAGCUGGAACAUAAGUCUGAGGUCAAGCCAGAAAUUGAAUUUGUGAAGCCAGAAAAGUUCCCUGUAAACUUGUCUUUACGGAAAAACAUCUAUGAUAGCGCACAAAAUUUCAACUCUCUGCAAACCGACUCACAACAAUCGAAGCAGAUUAACAGGGCCUACAUAUGCCACACAUGUGGUAACGAUGCUGUUGGCGUUCGUUACCACAAUCUGCGGUCGCGAGACACUAACUUGUGUUCUCGCUGUUUUCAGGAGGGCCAUUUUAGUGCACAUUUCUCAUCUUCCGACUUUCUGCGUCUCGAAAACAAUGCCCACACCAAGAAGCAGUGGUCAGACCAAGAAGUCCUACUUCUACUAGAGGGCAUUGAAAUGUACGAGGACCAAUGGGAUAGAGUUGUGGAACAUGUUGGAGGCUCCAAAACCUUAGAGGAAUGCGUGGAGAAGUUUCUGACGCUGCCAAUAGAAGACAAAUAUAUUGACGAGGUGAUCCCUGCCCAACCGCGGAAAUCUGGUCAAGGAAAUGCUACUCCUGAAGUUACGCAGGCAGUUGACGCCACCGUCGAGGCUUUGUUAAACGGCUUCAAUGACAAGGUACUAAAGGGGACACUUCCAGAGAACGCCAAGCACAUAUCUGAAAAAUAUUUGCAAGAAGCCCAGCUGGUUGUCCAAGACCUUGUCAAGCUCACGCUGGAGAAGGUUGACCUGAAAUUUCAAAAGCUGAAUACUCUCGAAGAAACUUUGAAUAAAGAAAGGCAGAGGUACACCCAAGAGUCUGACAAGCUUCUCGGUGAAAGGCAGUCCCUAAGCAAACAGGUCACAGAGCUAAAUGAAGAGCUAGCUAAACUUAAUAUUUCUAAAAAGCUGGUCAUGCUGUCAGAACAGGCUGAUUCUGGUGUAAAGCUUGUCGAGAAGGAUGUAGAAAGCCAAAACAAAAACAAGCUAGUGAAGAGUGUUGACGAGUUUGAGAGUGUUUCUCACAUCGACCCUCAACAGUAUAAGUCAUGGUCAAUGUCUUGA